UCUGGAGGAGGCAUUUCCCCGUGUUUCCGAAUACCGCAUCCUUGUUGUAUCAGUUCUGCUACUCAUCUGGGCGUACGCCUGGCAAGGAUACAUACCGGGCUUGGCUCGGUCUAGGCUCGCCGCACCUUUUCAAUGGCCGCGGCAGGACGGAUAUCCCACAUAUCCCGAUUAUUCAGUCCAACUUAUGCCGCAAGGAUGAACGCUCAAAUUGUCUAUCCUGCGUCGUCUACUGUCGUCAAACCUAACGAGUUGGCCUCGGCGCUUGCACGGCCGGUUAUGACCGCCACGUACGAACCCGAGCGUCCUCUGACGUACUUAGCGGCUACUCUCGCCUACGGAAUCAUCCAAGGGCAUCCAUUCUUUGAUGGCAAUAAACGCACUGCCAACGAGCUCAUGCGCGCCUAUGGGGUUCCGGGCCUCGUUGAGCCGGAAGAAAAUGGCCUCACAACUGAAGCUCUGCACGAGCUGGCGGAUCGACACGUCAACGUAGCCCAAGGGAAUCUCGGCGUAGACGGACUGGCGUACGCAGAGCUUAAUCAGCGGAGUAGGUUGCCCGAAGGGUGUGCACUCGCCGGCGCUAACGCACUUUCCAGGAAAGCAGGCUGCUCAGAACGCAGCCGAUAG